AUGCCUCUCCCCGAGGGUGUCAAUAUCCCGCUCACAUAUUCUCACCUCCUCCUCAUCGGCAAGGUUAUUCUCGUCACUCGGUCCUUCAACUAUGGUCUCUUCGCCGGCAUGAUCUGGGACAUGCUCCUCACUUUCGCCGACGAGGUGAAAUACAUAUGGAAAGCACCCUGGACAGUCAUUAAAGUCGUCUUCCUCUUCAACCGAUACGUUACCCCCAUCGUGGUCAUUGGAAGCCUCUACACACUCAGUGGACUGGCGACCGAUCUCACAGACGAAGGCUGCCGCAGAUGGGUCCUCGUCUCCGUCUCCAUCGAGCAAGUCUCUCUUGCGCUUGUCGCGUUUAUUAUUAUCCUCCGAUUACAUGCCGUAUGGCAAGCUUCUCGUCGGACGCUCUACCUCCUCAUGGGUGUCUGGAUAGCCGGUACUUCGGCUUCGAUUGCAAUGCUCAUCGAAGUCUUUUACAAGAAUAAGCGAUUGAUCUACUACGAAGAUAGAGCAAACGUGUGUUUUACCCUCGUUCCAAAUGUCUGGAAACUAUGGCUGCCGGAUAUCGUCAUGCAUGCCUUUCUCGUCUUUUUCCUCGUCUUCAAAGCCAUUGCCACGCCAAGGUCUAGCCAGACGCGGAUGCUUGCCGUGCUCUAUUCGGAUGGCAUCAUCUACUAUUCCGUCACCUUGACGGCCAUCACACUCUCCUUUAUUAGUUGGAAGACUGCGCACUACCUCUGGAUCGGACUCCCACUCUACAGCUGCUGGAUGAUUCUCACCAUUGCCAUGUCCAGAUUACUCCUCUCGCUCAAGACGACACAGGUCGUCCAUUUCCACAACUCGCGACGACGAAGGCUCACCUUGCAUGGACACGAUGAUUCCAAUUUCAGCGGAGGUGGACAUGGUCGAAACGAGAGUGACGAGAUGGAGAUGGACGAAUCCCCCUCGCUCGCGUCGCCGACAGAUGGCAAAAACACGAAAAAGGUGUCGUUUAUGACGAGUACCGUGACAAGUGGACCCAAUUCGCCAAAUGCACUCGAGAGCCAGAGCAGUUUUAUGGACAUGCAACCUCAGCCGACCUGGGGUCGCCUCGUCGGAAAGCCCCUACAAGCGACUCAUUUCCCAAGUAUCCAUGCGAGCCAUCUUGGUGUACCCCAUCAUACUCCGGUUGGAGGAGGAGGGAGCAUUGCAGGGGCAGCAUUCGCGGUGGUCGCAGUGCGACGACAGGAGGAACAGGGGAUGUUUCGUCCAUUAGUUCGCGUACGGGUAAUUGGUGGUGGUGGCUCUUCCCACAUCGAUCGCGGAGGUGGGGGUAAAAAGAUGGCGACGCUCAUUUCAUCACUCGCAUGGGUCCGACGGGGCGUCGCUGCUCAAAAUCCACAAACGUACACCGUUGACGAUGAAGAGCUCAAGCGCGUUAGUAAGCUUGCUCGAGAAGAGCUCGCAGAUGCCGAGCUCGACGAGAAAGUACUGUUGGAUGAGAUGGGUGAAGGUGCAGAUGAAGAAGAUCAUGAAGAAGAUUGGGAAGAUGUGUCUGAUGAUGAAGAUGGUAUGGAAGUCGAUAAAAAGGACCCAAAUGACUUGUCAGAGUACAAGCUCGACGAGUACGACGACGAUGUCGGUCGGCAAAAAGGAAGUCUCUUCUCGAAUAUCAAGGGGUUGACAUACUACAAGGAUAACGAGGACGAUCCUUAUAUUACCCUCAAAGAUGUGAGCCCUGCCCAGACGAUUGCACGCACCUGGUAA